AGAACUUCUCCAUGAAAGACUUAGGGGAUGCUAGUUAUGUCCUUGGCAUAAGAAUCUACCGAGAUAGAUCAAGAAAGUUAAUAGGUCUGAAUCAAAGUACAUAUAUAGAUAAAAUCCUUGAUCGAUUUAGCAUGUCUAACUCAAAGAAAGGAUCUUUACCUAUGACACCUGGCACGGUUCUUUCCAAGAACCAGAGUCCUUCUACUCCCGAGUAGAAGGAACUCAUGAUGAAGAUGGCUAAGGAGGAUUACGAGCAGGAGGUUCUCAAUGUCACGCUGCCAGCUGCAUUCGAGAUGCGCUUGCCAUCACGAGAGCCCCUUAAGCAUUUUCGCACAUGGGGAAAGAAGAGACUCUCGUUGGCGUUACUUGCUCACCUUUGCAGAGCAGUCUAGUUUGGAGCUGACGAUCGAGUUUCUUUGCACCUACCAGUGUCUGCAUGGUGGCCGGCCUUUUAAGGAUGCAGCUGAUGUCAGACCCGAUUCCACAUUGACGUUUUCACUUGGUGGUCGAGCUUUCACCCUUUCCAUGGCCGAGUUCGGGUGUCGUCUGGGCAUAUACACUGAGGAGGAGGCACGCUCCCUUGUCUUUGCUGCUCUUCCCUAUUCUUUGCCUUCAGAGUGCAGUCUUGAGCAGUUCUGGCAGCAGCAUUUCUUGUCGACGACGCCAUUCAACAAGAACACGGCGCAUACUUGUCAGUGGAGGAGAAGUGCCUGGAGGAUACUCAGCUUUGUGCUUUCACAUGAGAGGGUUCAGGUGAACCUAGCUCUCUUCAUGACUCAGUUCUUCCUACUUCAGGGGAAGAGCCAUAGGAAGACUCUUCAGGCGGGACCCUUUGUUACUCACCUUGCACGUUCCCUUCUGCCCGAGAUGCCGGGUAAUUUGCUUCCCAUUGACCAGAGCAUUCGUCCUCUGAGCACCACAUCUCUCACGAAAAUGGGGAUUGCGAAGAGGCGUCGAGUAGAGGAGAGUGAUGAGCCGCCACUAGACUUCUUUGAUGGGCUUGAUACCACCGUCCAUUCUCCCAUUCUAGAUGCCACCACAGGGACGUUCGUGGCUGGGGGUUCUUCUUUUGUUCAGCCAGGGACGUACACAGCUUCGUCGAGCGGCGUUGAGACAUCCAUGCUACAGAAGAUCUUGGAGGAGAUGACGAGACUGAACACAAGGAUGGGCGCUAUCGAGACCAGCAUCCAGGACGUGAAGGACAUCAUGGAGAAUGGCCAUAGCGCCCAUGAGAAGCAAAUGAAGAGGAUGAAUGAACGCCUAGAGUCCCACACUGAGAAGCUCCAUGAGCUCGAGAUGCUGCUCGGAGAUAUGGUGCACGGUGUUCCCCUCCUUCCUCACCAGGUUAAGGUCUCUUUGACCGUUGUGCUUCAUGGAAUGGGUGAGUAUACCAUUCCUUGUCCGACUGAGCAUAUAGAGACUGUUGCCGAUUGCGAGGGGAGCUUCGUUGCAUGGCCAAAGUCGUUGGUGGGCUUUGGAGAUCCCCCGUUGCACACGGCUCAACAUGGCGACUUCUCAUCAAGCAAAUCCCGUCCUACUCUCGGCGUACGCCCCACUGCUCCUCCUAGCUCUGUCAUACAUGAUGUUUUUGACUGGAGCUCAUACAUCUCAUUCGGGCCGCGUUGCAGGGAGUCUAUGCUCUAUCCGGAGGAGACGGAGCUGAGGAUGCGUCCGAAGAAUAUACGUGAGUUCAUGCAAUGGGAGGAGGUCGAUCAGACCAUCAUCAUUGUUUUCUUGAGGAUUAUCAAAAACGGCGAAGAUGUUCCCAUGAAGAAGGUCGGGGAAACCAACGCCCCUAAAACCGAAGAUGAGUAUGAUGCACAUGACAUCAAGAAAGUCGAGAACAAUUCAAAGGCCAUCAACAUCAUCUAUUGUGUCGUAAACCCGGAAGACUACCGGAAGAUUUCUUGUUGUUCCACCGCCAAGGAAAUGUGGGACAAGCUAGAAAUCACUUAUGAAGGUGAACAAAAGAUGAAGGGGGUUGCACUCAAGGCUUCCUCAAGCCAAGAACCUUCCAUGGAGGAAUCAAGUGAUGAAGACAACGAGUUCGGGCUCGUUAUCAAACAAUUCCACAAGUUCAUGCGAAAGGAGUAUGAACGAAAGGGCAAGAAACAUGGAGGACCACCCAAAUGCUAUGGGUGUGGAGAAAUUGGGCAUAUCAAGCCAAAAUGCCCAAAUGCCAAAAACGAGAAGGAGAAGAAACCGUUCAAGAAGCACCGAGCUUACAUCUCGUGGGGAGGAGGUCAAAGAAAACGAUCUCGCACCGGGAAGAACGUUGCUUCCUCCUCGGCUCCUCCUCCGCCAUCGGCACACAAGUACCUCGAUGGGUUGUUCCUUUGGUUCAACGACCGCGCAGAGGCAACACGCGCCACCUCCGACAAUUGGCCGCUCCCAUAUGCCCUCCUCGUCCUGGCGAUUCUUGAUGAGUACAACAUCAAGAACGACGUUGGGCCGCAGCAAAAGGGGACAAAGCAUUGGGAGAUUGAUGAAUCCUCAUUCCACUCGGGCAAUGAUGAAACUCCGUUCCGACAGCCUCGUCCACAUCAGCAACCAAGGGAUGCUUCUUCAAACACCCCAUCUCUAGCCGAGCAAAUGGUCGCCUUGACCGCCACCCUUUCUCGGAUAGACACCAACAUCUCCCAAACGGCCCAAAACGUCAACAUUUUGAGCCGUGAGCUUCACGGGUAUUUUGACUUUGUCAACUACCCUUACGCUCAAAUGGUCCCUUACGCUCCUCCGCCAAACUUCGGGGGUGAACCAAGCGGGACAAAUGACGUUGGUGGUGAAGAAGACGAGGAAGAAGAAGACGAAGAAGAAGAAGAAGAAGAAGAAGAAGAAGAAGAAGAAGUAGAAGAAGAGGAAGAGGAAGAGGAAGAGGAAGACAUCGACGAAGACCAACUCCUCGAUGAUCUCUCCCCGGAUUUCUAGAGCUCUAGCUCCUCUCUUUUCUCUUAAUAUUUUUAUGCAUUUUAAAAUUUUCUUCCGUUAUGUGUACUUCGCCUUUUCCCUUAUUUAAUAAAUAAAAAUCUUUAUGGUUU